CGCCCCCUCGCAGUACCCAGUCGGGUGUGAGGUGCACGCGCGAGGAGAGCGGGCUGCGGGCGCUUGACAUGGCGGCAGCGGCGGCGACUGCAGCGACCAAGGGGAAUGGGGGCGGCAGUGGCCGAGCCGGGGCUGGCGACAGCAGCGGCGCGCGGAAGAAGAAGGGCCCCGGGCCUGUGGCCACGGCGUACCUGGUCAUCUACAAUGUGGUGAUGACGGCGGGGUGGCUGGUGAUAGCCGUUGGGCUGGUGAGAGCAUACCUGGCUAAGGGGAGCUACCAUAGUCUUUAUUAUUCAAUAGAAAAACCUUUGAAGUUCUUCCAAACAGGAGCCUUACUGGAGAUUUUACAUUGUGCUAUAGGGAUUGUGCCAUCUUCUGUUGUCCUGACUUCUUUCCAGGUGAUGUCAAGAGUUUUCCUAAUAUGGGCAGUGACACAUAGUGUCAAAGAGGUGCAGAGUGAAGACAGUGUACUUCUGUUUGUUAUUGCCUGGACAAUCACGGAAAUUAUCCGUUACUCCUUUUACACGUUCAGUCUGUUAAACCACUUGCCUUACAUCAUCAAAUGGGCCAGGUACACACUUUUCAUCGUGCUUUACCCAAUGGGAGUGACAGGAGAGCUCCUCACAAUAUACGCGGCCCUGCCCUUUGUCCGACAGGCUGGCCUGUACUCCAUCAGUUUACCUAACAAAUACAACUUCUCCUUCGACUACCAUGCAUUCCUGAUUCUGAUCAUGAUCUCCUACAUUCCACUUUUCCCCCAGUUGUACUUCCACAUGAUACACCAGAGAAGAAAGGUCCUUUCUCGCACUGAAGAACACAAGAAGUUUGAGUAGCUCUCCACAGCACCCCAAACCAAACUUUUCAAUGAUCAAAAAAUGCUGCAGACUUUUUGAGUUCCCAAUAAGAACUAUUUUUAAAAUAUUAAAUACAAAACAAAAUAAAAACCAAAAUCCAGUGUCA